UUCCAGCGCAAAUUCUAACAAUCCUUUCUAUCACUUUCAUAAAAAUCUUGAAGAAAAAAAAAUGCCUUCAACUUAUGAAAAACAAGAUACGAUUGUAGAUGUUGCUGGCACAAAAGAGGCCUAUAAACCAUCUCAUCCAGGCCUCUUUGAGGUCUUUUAUGCAGAAGGAUCGUUCAACUCGCAGCUAGUUGCUUCUCAGGAUUUUAAACAAGGCCAAAUCAUUUGUAAGAUUGAAGGCACGGAACCAGGACCGAAAAGAUACAGUAGCGUUCAAGUAUCCAAGGACUCGCAUAUCGAACUGAACUCUGACCUCGUCUUUCUAAACCACUCAUGCGACCCUUCAGUCACUCUUGACACCGACGAAAUGAAGCUUAUAGCAGCCAAGGACAUUAAGAAAGGUGACGCCUUGACGUUCUUUUAUCCCUCAAGUGAGUGGGAGAUGGAUCAGCCAUUCCCAUGCUGGUGUGGAUCUACAAAGUGCUGCAAAAGUAUCCAGGGUGCCAAGUUCUUGUCAACCAAAGUCAUAGAUCAGUACUAUGUCGCCUCUCAUAUUCGUGAACUACUCAAAGAACGUGAUGAAGCGCAAGACUCGAAGUAAUCACCCGUGCUCAGAAUUAAAAAUAAAAAAUGCAUUGUGCACC